AACACCACGCCUCAGCGGCCACCUUCCGCGCCGCCCAAACCCCACAAGCACAGGCAGCUCGAGAGCACGCGGGCGCGCUGAGCCACGUCGCCUCCCACUCGCCCACGUCCUCCCCCACCCACCCACGCCGUCGUCCCGGUCCCGGGUGGGUCAAAGCUCGAGCGUCUCCCCCGGCCGUCCGUCUCCGCCCUCGCUCGCAACUCAAUUCGAAACCCGCCACCCAUGUCCGCCGCCGCCGAGUCAGCGGGGAGCGGGGAGGAGCGGCGGCGGCGAUCGGAGGCGGUCGCGUGGCUGCGGGCGCUGCUGGCGGGCGAGGGGCUGCCGCUGCCCGCGCCGCGCGCGUCCGACGACGACCUCCAGGCCGCGCUCGCCGACGGGGCGCUCCUCGCCGCGGCGCUCCGCAGGCUGCUCGGCCCCGCCGCCGCUGCUUCGGGCCCCGACGAGGGGGCGGCGGCUGGGGGCAGCGAUGUCGCGAGGUUCCUCGCCGCCGUGGAGAGGAUGGGCCUGCCCACCUUCGCCGCCUCAGACCUCGACACGGGCCCAAUGUCAACUGUGAUUGUCUGUCUGCUUGCGCUACGGGAUCGGUUUGGCUCCCAUGUUGGGGAAGGCUCGCACUGUAGCCUUGAAGAAAACGGUAGGAUGCCAAGCAUGGAGUUUCCCACAAGGGAGAAUGGUCAUGGUACACGGAACUCUGGGUUCGGACAAGAGAGCAAACAAGUGAAAGGGAACCUACAGAAGGUCUCCAAAAGUCCAGCUUCGUCAGAACCAUCAUCUCCGAUGUCAAGGCCCGAACUAUCUUCUAUUUCAAGGCAUGCUGGGCACAAUUUUCAUGAAAUCUUCCAUCUGAGACAAGGAGUUUAUUCUGAUAUGCCUACUUAUAAAAUUUUGGAGAUGAUGAAAUCCACCAACUUGGAUAACGCUCCUACCCAGUCACUUCUGAGUUUUGUGAACGGCAUCCUUGAUGAGAUCAUUGAGAAUAAGAAUGGAGAAAUUCCUUAUCACAUUGCUUGCUUGUUGAGAAAGGUAAUACUGGAGAUUGAACGGCGCAUUUCUACUCAAGCAGAACACAUAAGAAAUCAAAAUAACCUUAUGAGAGCACGUGAAGAGAAAUAUAAAUCAAGGAUAAGAGUACUAGAGGCACUUGCAAGCGGCAUAAGUGAACAAACACAAAUAAACUCAAGUGCGACAAUUGGAAAAGCAAAUGUUGCUGCAGAUCAUGUCAUGAAGAUGGACAGAAGCAAAGCUGAAGAUCGAAGAUUAGUUGACAAAGAAAUGUCAAGCUUGAUGAAGGACAAGGAUCAUGUAACUAGAUUGACAAAGGAUAAGGAAGAUAUGGCUAGGCUGUUGAAAGAUAAGGAAGAAAUAAUAAGACUGAUGAAAGAGAAGGAAGAAAUGGUUACGCUGAUUAAGGAGAAGGAAGAUAUUGGUACCUUGAAGGCCAAGGUUGAUGACAGGGAUCAAUCAGCAGAUGUACAUGUAGCUAAAUCAAUCACAUAUAGCAGAGAAAUAUUUAGGAUGAUGAAGGAGAAAGAAGAAAGUAAUCUUACAAAUAUGAAAUUAAAACACGAAUUAGAAGCUGUAAAAUUAUCGUAUGAAGAGAGUCAGAGCUUGUUAAAAUCUACAAAGGAAGACAUGCGUAAGCUUCUAAAGGACAAGGAGAAUUGUGAGAUUAUAAUAUCAAAACUCAGGCAAGAGCUUGCAGUAGCAGGAAAAUCUCAUAAGAGACAUAUUCAAGAACUGGAGGGUAGAGCUUUGCAGGCAAAUGAAGAGUUCAAACAGAGAAUUAAAGAAGUAGAGCUCAUGCUCGAAGAUUCUAGAAUGAAAGGAAGAGAUCUUGAGGAAUCUUUAAAAUCAAGAAUCGAGACAUGGGAGCAGAAGGAGAUCGUGGUGAACCAAUUUGUACGUCUGCAAAUACAGAAUGUCCAGGAUUUGAGGUUGUCUUCUGUUUCCAUUAGGCAUGAAAUCCAAAACUACCAGAAAAGAUGGUCUGAAGAACUUAGUGGCCUUGGGCAAAGUCUUAACGUACUGAUAAAUGAUGCUAAAAGUUAUCAUGCUGCUCUUGAAGAAAAUAGAAAAUUGUUCAAUGAGAUUCAGGAGCUAAAAGGAAACAUAAGAGUCUAUUGCAGGAUAAGACCUUUUCUUCCAGGGGAGGAUCAGAAAUCUACUACGAUUGAAUAUGUUGGUGAUGAUGGUGAUCUUAUUAUUGCAAAUCCCACACGAAAAGGAAAUGAAGGGAGCAAGUCGUUCAAAUUCAACAAAGUCCUUGGCCCCACUGCUUCUCAAGAUGAGGUAUUCAAGGACAUUCAACCACUUAUCAGAUCGGUUCUUGAUGGUUAUAAUGUUUGCAUUUUUGCAUAUGGUCAAACUGGAUCGGGAAAAACGUACACAAUGACGGGACCUGAAAAUGCAGCUGAGAAGGAAUGGGGUUUCAAUUACAGAGCUUUGAAUGACCUGUUCCAUAUUUCACAUAAUCGUGGGGAUACAAUCAUGUAUGAAAUUAGUGUUCAAAUGAUUGAGAUAUACAAUGAACAAAUCCGUGAUCUCCUUGGCAGCAGUGGUCCAGAGAAGAAACUAGGGAUUUUGAAUGCCAGCCAACCUAAUGGGCUUGCUGUUCCUGAUGCAACAUUGCAUCCUGUUAACUCAACAUCUGAUGUUAUUCAGUUAAUGAGAACGGGACUUGCGAACAGAGCUAUGGGUUCAACAGCAUUGAAUGAAAGAAGCAGCAGAUCUCACAGUGUUGUUACCAUACACAUUCGAGGUGUAAAUUUGAAAACUGGAGCUACUUUGCGUGGUGCACUACAUCUCGUUGAUCUAGCUGGGAGUGAGAGAGUGGACCGUUCUGCUGUUACAGGAGAUAGACUCAAAGAAGCCCAGCAUAUCAACAAAUCUUUGUCCGCUCUUGGGGAUGUCAUAUUUUCUUUAUCGCAGAAGAAUGCCCAUGUACCGUACCGGAACAGCAAACUUACACAAGUCCUUCAAAGUUCUUUGGGUGGCCACGCAAAAACCUUGAUGUUUGUGCAGAUCAACCCAGAUGUCUCAUCUUAUUCAGAGACUCUAAGUACUUUAAAGUUUGCUGAAAGGGUUUCUGGAGUGGAACUAGGUGCCGCUAAGGCGAAUAAAGAGAGCAAAGAUAUCAGAGAGUUUAUGGAACAACUUUCACUGCUCAAACAUAAAAUUGCAAAGAAAGAUGAGGAAAUAAACAGAUUACAACUACUCAAGACACAAACUCCAUGGGCCAGGACAGUAAAACGUGCUGAUUCCCCAUUGAAACAUUCAUCCUCCUCCCCGGGCAUAUAUUCUUUAGGAAGCAGAAUCCAACACCGAAGAACAGCAUCUGGUGGAAAAGCAAUGAGCAUUGGCAGUAGGGCUGGCUCUGAUGCUGAUAACUUCUCUGACAUCAGUGACAGGCACUCUGAAUCUGGUUCUGUGCAGUCUCUUGAUGAUAUCCGACCAUCAAGGGGGGUUAUGGGACUUCCUAAGAUCUCUUUAGGUGAGAUGGGUCAGAAUUCUGCUGACCCUGAGCUUGCUUGCUUUGGCUAUGCUGAUUCAGAGGAGAGGUUAAGUGAUAUAUCAGAUAGCGGUUUUUCCAUGGGUACAGAGACUGAUGUUUCAGGAAGCAGUAUAGUUGAGUUGACAUUCUUCCCAGAUCAGGAAAAAACAUCUAGCACCCUGAAAGAGCAAGAGAAGGCACCAAAAACAAGUGAUCGCCUGUCUAAGGUGGCCACACGAGUUCAAAAGAUAGCAUCGAAACCAGCUCAAACUUCAUUAUGGCCUAAACUUAGAGAUCCUCCAGCUCCUAGAUCUCCUCCAAUGUCAGCUGGGAGAACAUCAUCGACUAAGGCAAUACCUAUGCCAAGAACGUCGAGUACUUCAAAGGGGUGGACAUAGCUCAAGUUUGAUCACAUUGUUCCAGUACUAGUUUAUUAUAUUUUUUACAGCAUUGAGAAAGUGUUUGUAUAUUUAUGGUGCUCGUCGUUGAUGCCAUCUGCUUUUCCUACCAGUUGGUGAAAUUUUAUACAUCAGUAGAUUCAUUCAGGAAGAAAAAUCAGCUGGAUAGUUCUUUUUCCUUUUCUUUUUUUUCAUGAAAGAGAUAGAUUCUCUUUCUGUGUCAUGACUGUAAAUUUUUCUUGUACAUAUAUACGGUUAUAGGAUAGUAAAAGGCUAAAAGCUUUAAUGAUUUGUUGAAAGCAGAAUAAAUCUUCGUUGAUUGUUGAAUACAAGUCUUGAAAUGACAUCCGAAAAAAUCCGUCGAUUUUUUCGGUACACUUUCUGUACAAA